CUUUUCCAUUGAAGCAGUUCACCGGUACGAAUCCGAUGACGAGCCCUGGAAUGGACGCUGCUUCCGUCUUCCUCUUCUUCACCCCAACAGCCCUCUCUCCCAUCCUCGCAGUCGCUCUCAUUGCCUUCUCCGUCCUCCUGAUGUUUCCCGGUGGCCUCGCCUGGGCCCUGGCCAAGACCCACGGCCGCUCUGACAUCCCCGGUCCGCCCGGCGUCAUCGCCUCUGCUUUCUGCGGCCCAUGUGCUCACAGGGAGCUCCGGUCCCUCGCUCGAUCCUUCAAAGCUGUCGACUUGAUGGCCUUCUCCGUCGGCUUCACUCGUUUUGUCGUGUCGAGUCACCCUGACACGGCGAAGGACAUCCUCUGCAGCUCCGCCUUCGCCGAUCGCCCCAUCAAAGAGUCAGCCUACGAGCUCCUCUUCCACCGUGCAAUGGGUUUCGCCCCCUUUGGAGACUACUGGAAGACACUCCGCCGCAUUUCUUCUACCUACCUAUUCAGCCCUCGCCGGAUCGCCUCUUCCGGCGAGCAGAGAAGAGCAAUCGGGAAGAAAAUGGUAGCGGACAUCCACGUCCGCAUGAAGAAACACGGCGGGGUGGAGAUGCGGCAAGUCCUGCACUUUGGAUCACUGAACAAUGUGAUGAUGAGCGUGUUCGGCAAGAGCUACGACGACUUCGGCGAGGGCGGGGGAUUCGAGCUGGAGUCACUGGUGAAGGAAGGCUACGCUCUCCUCAGCGUGUUCAAUUGGUCCGACUACUUCCCUUUUCUGCGCUUGCUCGACCUGCAAGGCGUGAGGAGGAGGUGCCGGCGUCUGGUGAAGAGGGUGGACGCCUUCGUGGGUCAACUCAUAGAACAGCACAGAAACAACAGAACUAACGGGAAAGCGAUGGACGAUGCAGGAGACUUUGUGGACGUUCUGCUCGGUUUAGAAGCAGAGGAGAAGCUUUCGGAGGCCGACAUGGUCGCUGUUCUCUGGGAAAUGAUCUUUAGGGGAACGGAUACAGUGGCCAUCCUCUUGGAAUGGAUACUGGCCAGAAUGGUGCUGCAUCCCGACAUUCAAUCCAAGGCGCACCGAGAAAUCGACUCCGUCGUCGGAAAAUCCCGCCCCGUCGGCGACGCCGACAUCGCUCGCCUUCCUUACCUCCAAUCCAUCAUCAAAGAAUCCCUCAGAAUGCACCCUCCGGGCCCCCUGCUCUCGUGGGCGCGCCUCGCCACCCACGACGUCCAAGUCGGGCCGCACAUCGUCCCCGCCGGCACCACCGCGAUGGUAAACAUGUGGGCGAUCGCGCACGACGAGUCAAUAUGGGAAAACCCUCAGGAGUUCCGUCCGGAGCGAUUCGCGGAGGAGGACGUGAGCGUGCUGGGCUCCGACCUCCGGCUGGCGCCAUUCGGCGCCGGCCGGAGGGUCUGCCCGGGCAAGGCCAUGGGACUAGCCACCGUCCACCUCUGGCUCGCCCUCCUCCUGCAAAACUUCGAGUUCGCCCCCGCAGCCGACCCUGACCACGCCGUGGAUCUCUCCGAACGCCUGAAGAUGUCCCUGGAGAUGGAGAAGCCGCUGGUCUGCGCGGCCGUCUCGAGGACCUGAUCAAUCAUGCAAGUUCAGUGCCUGCCCCGGAGAACAUUUUGCUGUCCAUAUCUCCAUGGCACCCGCACCACGACCAUGCAUGUAUAAUUAAGCUGCUUGCUAAGGCUCUUAUGUUUACUUAUUACUGUUGAUUAGCGAGUGUGAUGGGUGAAGUGUAAAUAGCAGUGGCUUCAGUUGGAGCCGUUUUUGUGAUCA